AUGAAGCUGAUGAAAGAGACAUGGUUUCUAAGCCUCCUUCCUUCUUCCAUCCGCUCUCCAGCUCCCAAGUUCUGUAACUCCUUCACCACUCGUAUCUUUUCAGAUGUUGCAGGGGACAUUACAAUUGUUGUUGAUGGGGAACCCUUUCUACUUCACAAGUUUCCCCUGGUCUCUCAAAGUGGAAAGAUUCGGAAAAUGAUUGCAGAUGCCGAGGAUUCUAAUAAUUCCAAAUUGGAGCUUCACAACUUACCUGGUGGACCACAGGCAUUCGAGCUUGCUAUGAAAUUUUGUUAUGGUAUGAACUUUGAGAUCACAACUGCAAAUGUUGCCCAAUUGCGCUGUGCUGCAGAAUACUUGGAAAUGACUGAAGACUACCGUGACGAAAACCUUAUUGCACGCUCAGAAGUUUAUCUGAAUGAGGUUGUGGUACAAAGUCUUGAAAAAUCUGUGGAAGUCCUUUCUACAUGUGAGAUUCUACCUUCCUUAGUAGAGGAAGUGGGGAUUGUGAAGAGAUGCGUGGAGGCUAUUGCUAUGAAUGCUUGCAAGGAGCAAUUGGCAUCUGGUUUGUCUCGGUUAGAUUGUGAUGGUGAAUCGACAGAACUCAAGGGUGGGUGCCUUGAUUGGUGGAUUGAGGAUCUCUCACUGCUUGGAAUUGAUUAUUAUCAGAGAGUCAUCUGUGCCAUGGGAGGCUUAGGUGUUCGACCAGAUAGCAUUACUGCGUCUUUGAUGCAUUACGCUCAAACAUCAUUAAAGGGUAUUGGAAAAUGUCAAAUUUGGAAUCCAGCAAGGAUGAGAUCAAGCCCUACUGCAGUAGAAAAUGACCAGAGGACUAUACUGGAAACUCUUGUAAAUCUUCUGCCAACUGAGAAAAGCUCUUCCAUUCCACAGAAUUUUCUUUUUGGGAUGUUAAGGAUGGCAAUCAUGGUGGAUACAAGUAUUGCCUGCAAGCUUGAACUGGAAAGAAGGAUUGCGUUUCAGUUGGAAACGGUUUCACUUGAUGAUCUACUUAUACCAUCCAUCCAGGUUGGGGAUUCAUUAUUCGAUGUUGAUACCGUCCAUCGGAUACUAGUAAAUUUCCUGCAGCGGAUUGCAGAUGAAGAAAAUGAAGAAUGUGGUUAUGAAUCAGAAGGCUUUGGUUCUCCAGGCCACGGUUCUUUGUUGAAAGUAGGAAGGCUUAUUGAUGAAUAUCUAGCAGAGAUUGCUCCUGAUCCUUACUUGAGUUUGCAGAAAUUCAUUGCUAUGAUUGAGAUAUUGCCUGAUUAUGCUCGAGUUAUUGAUGAUGGGCUUUACAGAGCAGUUGACAUAUAUUUGAAGGCUCAUCCAAUGCUGACUGAACAUGACUGUAAGAAGCUGUGCAAGUUCAUAGACUGUCAGAAGCUCUCACAAGAAGCCUCCAAUCAUGCAGCACAGAAUGAUAGGCUACCCGUACAGAUGGCCGUCAGAGUCCUCUACUUUGAGCAACUCCGUUUGAAGAAUUCCUUAUCUGGAAAUUCUGGAGAUGGAUUCCUGUCACAGAGAAUAAGCAGCGGUGUCCCCAGUGCAGCCAUGUCCCCUCGAGAUAACUAUGCUUCCUUAAGGAGGGAAAACCGAGAACUAAAGCUUGAGAUCUCAAGAAUGAGAGUAAGGUUGAGUGAGUUGGAGAAGGAGCAGAUAUUCAUGAAACAAGGUAUGAUGGAUAAGUCAGGAAAUGGGAAAACCUUCUUUACCUCCCUCUCUAGAGGGAUAGGAAGGAUUGCUAUUUUUAGUGGUCCGGCAGGAGGUAAACGUCAAAAGUCAGGUCGUAAAUCUAGAGCAGAAGGGAAAACCGGCAGGAAUCGGAGGCACUCUGUUUCCUAGGUUAGUUCUUUACCUCAAGCGAACUAAUUGGUCAAGUGUAUAUGAGUUCAUGUAUCAUGAGUUCUGAAAGAAAUAUGGCAGUUUACUUGUCAGGCCCUAGAUGAACAAUUCUCUGUCACCUCCACAAAGAAAAUGAAGUCUGAAGAUUGUUCAGGUCGUCUGGAAAACCUUGAGCAAUCUCUGGAAAUAUAUAAUAUAAAUUUCUUUCUAUCUCAUCCAAACAUCACUGACCAAUUCAUUUAGUUAAAUCCCCCAUUGUUAUUGGCAAGAUUAUUUGUCACAUUGAACACUUGUGUAUUAGUAUGUACAAGUAAGCAAUUUUUUAGAUCAAAUCAGUUGAAUCAGAUGAGU